GAGAGAUAUUCCUUGAACUCAAACGACGAUGUCCUCAUGGUCGAGCAAGCCGGUAAAUAAAAAUGAACAGAUCGCGGUACCACCAGCAAAUGAUCUAAAAUCUACUUGGGCGUUUUUAGAGGAGGGUAUUGAUCAUAUAAUGACGAGGCUACGCGAUGGAAUGACGUAUUCUAAGUAUAUGAGUUUGUACACAACUUCCUACAAUUACUGUACUAGCUCAAGAAUGCACAUUGGUACCGAACCACUCGGUACAGGCAGAACAGCGGGCGCUAAUCUCAUGGGUUCAGAUUUGUACUCCAAUCUGAUAAAGUACCUCACCAGCCAUCUGAAGAUUGUAAAGGAGAACUCAGAUAGUCUCUACGAUUUACAGCUAUUACAAUACUACGCAGCCGAAUGGGAUAGGUUCACGACAGCUGCAUCCUACGUGGAUCGUCUGUUUAGCUACCUCAACAAACACUGGGUUAAACGCGAGAAAGAUGAGGGACGCAAGAACGUAUAUAACGUUUAUACGCUAGCUUUGGUACAAUGGAGGUCCUCCUUCUUCUUGCCAAUACAGGAUCAACAUUCAAAGCUCGUUUCUGCACUCUUAAAACAAAUCGAGAGACAGAGGAAUGGUGAAACAGUUGAAACUACUCUCAUUAAAAAAGUUGUCGAGUCUUUAGUCUCACUUGGUCUCGAUGAAGGUGACAGCAGCAAGCAGAAUCUGGAUAUCUACCAACUCCAUUUCGAAUCUCCAUUCAUUCACGCGACUGAAAUAUACUACAAAGCAGAAUCUGAAGCAUUCGUAGCAGCCAAUAGUGUCACAGAUUAUCUUAAAAAAUGUGAAGAACGCCUAGCUGAAGAAGAGGCACGCGUUGACGUAUACCUCCACGCAAGUUCAAGGAAGAGGCUCAUCUCAGCAUGUGAAAAUGCACUUGUUUCCGACCAUAUGGAGAUCAUGAAGGAUGAAUUUGUCAACUUGUUGGAAUACGACAAGGAAGACGACCUCAAUCGCAUCUACACACUCCUCGCACGUGUCGAUGCUUUGGAAUUCCUCCGUAAAAAAUUCGAAGAGCACGUCAAGCGUACUGGUUUGGCUGCAAUCGAAAAGGUCUACGGUAAUGCUGUAGAAGCAAAGAAGGAUGCACCAGUCAAAAAAGAAAAGGAGGCUGAAAAGGGUGACCUGGAACCAAAGGCAUACGUUGACGCCCUCCUUGAAGUCCACAAGAAGUGCUCAUUGACUGUCAAGAAUGCUUUCAAGUCUGAGUCCGGUUUCUCAGCAGCUCUUGAUAAAGCAUGUAGAGAGAUUGUCAACAGAAAUGCAGCAACAGGAACAUCAACCACAAAAUCGCCUGAACUUAUCGCAAAACACGCCGACUCAUUGCUCAAGAAGGGUAACAAGCAAACUGAAGAAGCAGAACUCGAGGAUGCACUCGAUCAAGUUAUGACGUUAUUUAAAUACAUUGAGGAUAAGGACGUUUUCCAGAAGUUCUACACAAAGAUGCUUGCAAAACGUCUUGUCAGCGGUACAUCAGCAUCCGAUGACGGUGAAUCCUCAAUGAUUGGAAAACUCAAAGAUGCCUGUGGAUUCGAAUACACGAACAAACUUCAAAGAAUGUUCACAGAUAUAUCAAUCUCCAAAGAACUUACAAACUCAUUCAAUGAACGCAUGUCACAAACUCACGAUGCAUCAGAGUUGGAUGUAGACUUUGACAUUAAGGUCUUGGCAACCAACUUCUGGCCAAUGAACCCACAAAACACUCCAUUCAACAUUCCUUCAGAAUUACAAGCAACUUUCGAAAGAUUUAAUCAGUAUUACAACAGUCAACACUCUGGACGUAAGCUCAUGUGGCUUUACAACACAUCAAAGAAUGAACUCAAAACUACACAUUUGAACCAGCCUUACAUAUUCCUUUGCUCUACAUUCCAAUUAUCAAUCCUUGUCCAAUACAACGAACACGACAGCUUGAGAUAUGAUGAGCUUAAGGCUGCGACGAACUUGAACGACGCACUCCUCAAGCAAACUUUAGCCACUCUCGUCAAAUCGAAGGUCCUGCUCCAAGAUGAGGAUACUUAUGAUCUCAAUUUCAACUUCAAAUCUAAAAAGAUUAGGGUACAACUCAAUCAGCCAAUCAAGGCAGACGUCAAGCAGGAAUCAAAUGAUGUCCUUAAGACCGUCGAUGAGGACCGCAAAUUUGAAAUCCAGGCUGCUGUAGUAAGAAUCAUGAAGGCCAGAAAGACGCUCAAAUACCAAAACCUCAUACAGGAGGUCAUUACGAUCGUUCAGUCAAGAUUCUCGCCAAAGGUUUCUGACAUUAAGAAGGCAAUUGAAGCACUCCUUGAGAAAGACUACCUUGAGCGGAAUCUCGAUGCUGGUAGGGACGUCUUCAAUUACGUCGCAUAGAUUUCUUCUCACGAUUUUCUGCAUCUCAUUUGACAAACGUUUUACGUAUAAAUUGUACUCGAAAUAUUUUAAAAUUAAUUGCAUUUCAAAUAUCCUAAA